AAAGAAAGAACUUUCAACAACCAAGAAAGAUCGAGUGAAUCAUUGCCUGACAAUAUGUGAAAACAUAGUUGCACAAUCUUUAAGAAAUUCUCCAGAAUUUCAGAAACUCCUGGGGAUUGCUAUGGAACUCUUUCUCCUCUGCAGUGAGGAUGCAGAAUCUGAUGUCCGGAUGGUUGCUGAUGAAUGCCUUAAUAAAGUUAUUAAAGCUUUGAUGGAUUCCAAUCUUCCUAGAUUACAAUUAGAACUAUAUAAAGAGAUAAAAAAGAAUGGUGCUUCCAGAAGCCUACGUGCUGCACUCUGGAGAUUUGCUGAGCUUGCCCAUCUAGUUCGGCCUCAAAAGUGCAGGCCAUACUUAGUGAACCUUUUGCCCUGUCUAACACGAAUAAGUAAGAGACCCGAAGAAUCCGUACAGGAGACACUAGCUGCAGCAAUACCAAAAAUCAUGGCGGCCUUUGGCAACUUUGCAAAUGACAAUGAGAUUAAGGUUUUACUGAAGGCUUUCAUAGCUAAUCUUAAAUCCAGUUCCCCUACUAUCCGUCGAACAGCAGCAGGAUCAGCAGUGAGCAUCUGUCAGCAUUCACGAAGAACACAGUAUUUUUAUGCCUGGUUAUUGAAUGUUCUUUUAGGUUUGUUGGUUCCUGUAGAAGAUGAUCAUCCUACUCUUUUAAUUCUGGGUGUUUUACUCACCCUAAGGUAUCUCAUACCCUUAUUGCAACAGCAAGUGAAGGAUACCAGCCUGAAAGGCAGUUUUGGUGUGACAAGAAAAGAAGCAGAGGUUUCACCUUCACCAGAACAACUUACACAGGUUUAUGAACUGACUCUGCAUUACACCCAGCAUCAGGACCAUAAUGUUGUGACUGGAGCUUUAGAAUUAUUACAGCAGCUCUUUAGAACACCACCACCUGAACUUCUCCAUGCCUUGACUGCUUCAGGGGGCAUCGCACAGGUCAGUGUAUCCAGAGAUGAAUCAGCCAGCAGGAACCGCAGUGGGAGUAUAGUGGAACUUAUCGGGAAGAUCCUUCUUGGUGAAGAAGGUUUGGAGGAUGAUCCUGAAACCCGAUCAGAUGUUAAUGCUGCACCAUUUGCAGGUUCUGUGAAGGGCGAGAUAACCAGUGAGCUGGCUUCUUCAUCAGGUGUGUCGACAGCUGGGUCAGCAGGGACUUCAGCUGCUGAUCCGACCGCACACGACAUCAUCACUGAGCAGCCACGUUCCCAGCAUACGCUGCAGUCAGACUCUGUAGACCUGACAGGCUGUGAUUUGACAAGCACAGCUACUGAAGGGGAAGAAGAUGACGUGCUUAGUCGAAGCUCCAGCCAGAUCAGUGCUGUUCAGUCAGAUCCCACUAUGGACUUGAAUGAUGGGACACAGGCAUCCUCACCAAUUAGUGAUAGCUCUCAGACUACUACAGAAGGUCCAGACUCUGCUGUAACCCCUUCAGACAGUUCUGAAAUUGUUUUGGAGAGUGCUGAAGGACAGUAUUCUGGAAUGCAAAUUGGGCAGCUGCAGGAUGAGGAAGAUGAGGCUGCAAAUAUGCUCCAAGAUGAUUCAUCUGAGUCUUUCAGAAAUUCUUCUGUUGCUCUUCAACAGCCCCACCUUUUGAAAACCAUGAGCCAUAGUAGGCAGCCUUCUGAUAGCAGUGUAGAUAAAUUCACAUCAAAAGAAGAUGCAGCAGAUCCUAGUGAUCAUGAAAAUAAGCCCUCAAGGGUAAAGGGAGACAUAGGUCACUAUACAGAUGGGAAUUCUGCUCCUUUAGUGCACUGCGUUAGACUUCUGUCAGCCUCUUUUCUGCUUACUGGGGAGAAAGGAGCUUUAGUUCCUGAUAGAGAUGUAAGAGUCAGUGUAAAAGCCUUGGCAGUAAGUUGUGUUGGAGCAGCCGUCGCACUUCACCCUGAGUCUUUCUUCAGCAAACUGUAUAAAACACCCCUUGAAGCAGUAGGAGAAGAGUAUGAGGAGCAGUAUGUAUCGGAUAUUCUGAACUACAUUGACCAUGGGGAUCCUCAGAUCAGAGGAGCUACUGCCAUUCUGUGUGGAACAAUUGUCAACUCCAUUCUAAUUAAAUCCCGCUUUGAUGUGGAAAAAUGGCUAAUAAAUGUCAGAAGUUCAACAGGGAAUCACUUUUCCUUGGUAGACUGCAUACCUCUGCUACAGAAAACACUGAAAGAUGAGUCCUCUGUUACAUGCAAACUGGCUUGUACAGCUGUGAGGCAUUGCAUCAUGAGCUUAUGUAGUAGCAGUUACAGUGAACUAGGUUUGCAAUUAAUUGUUGACCUCCUUACACUGAAGAACAGCUCAUAUUGGCUAGUAAGGACAGAACUUCUGGAAACACUUGCAGAGGUAGAUUUUCGGCUAAUCAGCUUCUUGGAAGGAAGAACUGAGAGCUUGCAUAGAGGAAUUCAUCAUUAUACUGGU